CACCAGCCCAGGGCAGUGCCCAGCCUGGGACAGUCACCCUGUGGUGCCUGUGCAGCCCCCUGGCCCUGGGACCCCGAUGCUGGGGGGGCCAGGCACAGCUGGAAGGUGGAACCAGAGCACUGGCUUCUGUUUUGUAAAGAGAAUGCUGGAGGUAGAAAAUCUGCACUGUCUGUACCCAUUGUGAACAUGCCUUCAGAUGGUUCCAGCUAAGAGGUAUUAUUGGACUGUAACUGUAGAGAAAAGUAUUCGUUUCUAACAACUCGGUUAUAAUCAGACUUGGAUUUCUGGAAACACUACAGCAUGACUUCAGCUGGGAAUGAGCUAGAAAGAUGGGCUCACAGGCAAGGUGGCAGAACUGGCAAGCUGGCAGAGCCUGUGGCCUCUCCUGAAAAUGAUCGUCUUUUGUCAGUGAAGUCAAUCAGCAGCGUGGACCAUCUCCUGCACCUCCCUGGGAAGGCAGACUCUGCUUACAGCUCCUCCUCAGGAGGAUCAAAUGCUCCAGAGUACCUCACACCAUCACGCCAAGGUGAAAACUGUGUGCUGCCAGAGCAGGUCCCAUACAUGGACUUGGAAUAUGUGACAGGGAUUUAUCACCUCAGUGCUGCACGCCCUGACCUCAGCUCCCCCCAGCCCUGCAAGGCACCAGACCCGAGCAGCCACAAGAGCUCUCACAGCAGCAGCCUCACAGAUGGCUGUGGAAUUACUCCCACCCAAAGGACUUCAGCCCUGGGGCCUGCAGCCCUGGCAGCACCUGCAGUGUCCCCUGCCCCACAGCUCAGCAGCCAUCACCCCAGCACCACUGACAGACACUGGGAGAAGCCAAGAGAGAGGCAAGGCCCUGCAGGGCACACUGAGAGCAGCGUGCAGGCAGCUCCUGGGGUGCAGCACCAGCCAGCAGACAGGGAUGAACCAUGGAGCCAACACUGGGAUGCAGGUACAGAGCAAGGUGUGGGGCCUAAUAGGGAAAAGACUCUGGAAAACAAGGGCCUUUCCUCUCACUUUACAAAUAAGGUAUCAAAAGUUCAGGCAUUAAAGACAGAGGAAAAUGGAGAGUGGAGUCCAUCACAACAACCUACAAAGAGAAGCAAUCCACACAUUUUCAGCAGACCUCGUUCAUUCAUUUUUCAAGAAUAUUUAAAGACUGACCCCGUGGCAAAUGUCCCCAAAAUACUUUCUGCUUAUAAUUCAGGUCAUGCUAAUAAAAUUUCCAAAGAGACAAACUCCACAUCCUAUCACCAAGCACAUUCCAGCCCCAGUGCUGUUAAUGAUACACAGGAAGUCAAACAGUGUCCCAGGGGAGUGUGUGAGCCAAGUGCCAGAGAAGCAGCUCUGCCGAGCCCUGGGCCAGGACCCAGCCAGAGGAGAGAGUCCUUGCCCUGUGCUCAGAGCCCACUCUGUGCUGAAUGGCAUUCAGACAUGGGCCAGGGUGUGCUUGAGGACAGUUCACAGUUAAAGUAUAUGGAGAAUGCUCUUCUAAAUAAAAAUGCUGCCAGGAAGCUGAACAGUUAUGCAGACAAAAAUCAGUGCUGUGAUUCUGAAGGAAAAAUUCUGACCAGUGUUAGGGAACCGGUCCCAAACCAGCAAAGCAGAGUGCAGAGAUCAGCAUUGUCCUGCAGCUGCAGUGCUGUGGAAGUGGAGGGGUGGGGUCAGGGAAGGAAGCAGUGCUGUGAUGGCACAAGCCAAAUGGCUUUGUUCAGACCAAAGGAAGAUUCCACAUCUCGGUCAUUACGUGAAGUCCAGAAAGAAAACCAGGGCCACAACAGCAGUCCUGACCUCAGCACGUGCCUGGAACAAGAGAAACCUCUUGUUCAGAAACACCAGGCUGCAUUUCAAACACAGCUCUUCAGACAGCUUCAGGAGGAGCAUGCUGCUGAACAAAUAACCAGGCAGGCAACUCCCAUGCUUUACUACCUUUCUGCAGGGAAAACCACCCGUGUCCGACACCACAACAAGGACUCCAGGAGCUCACCAAAGGAAAUCCCCUCAAGGAGCUACACUGCCUCAGCACAGUGUCCAGAGAUACCAAGGGAAGGGUAUCAGCUUCAGAGAAGCAGCUACCACCAUCAGCACACUGCUGCUGAUCUGCUCCAGAACAAAGAUCUCAUUUUUAGGAGUCCCGUGUCACCCACAGAAGACAGUUUCCAGAAUGACUAUAUAGAGAAACUUAAAGUGGCUCAGAAAAAGGUUCUCAAAGAAACCUCCUUUAAAAGAAAAGACUUACAGAUGAGUUUGCCUGUCCGACUGAGACAGAAAUCCUCUAAAAGGCCAUCAGUUGAACACCUUCGGUCUUUCUCGUUAUCCAGUGCAAGCAAGGAUGCCAAACCUGCUCCUUGCUCCCCCUCUCGUCUAGAAUCCUUGGAAAGUUUCAACAGAAAUGAAGAAACACAGAGGCCACAAAAAGGUCAAGCAGGGGGAAGGAAAAGGGUAACCCAAGAGCAGAAGAAACUGUGCUACUCUGAGCCUGAGAAGCUCCAUCACCUCAUGGAUAAGGAAGUAUCAUGGAGUCAAGCUAGGGUUGAAAUCACUGAGCAAGAUGCAGUGGCAUCCAGGAGAAGGGGUCUGGAGAACAGAGGAAGGGCAUUUUCCAGCUCAAGUGUCUCCAGGACAGAGCUGAAACAAAUCCAGCACAGUGCACUGGUCAAAUACGUGGAACGAAAGAUCAGCCAAAGACCAGGUAGCUCACAACACCUGCAGAAGAGGCUGUCAAAUCCCAAAGGGCCCUCUGGCCAGAUUUCCAACCCAAAUGGGAGCAGCAAGAUGCAAAAUGAUGAGGUUUUCUGCCAGCUUCUCUCUGAACAGAAAUCACCAGAUGUUUUUCCUCCCUUGCCUUUUGCUCCCCCACUGAACGUGACCAGCAGGUGCAAUGCCAGCGAAGGGGAUGGGAGCUGUGCCAGCAAGUGUCCAUCAGCUGAAAGUCUGCCCCAGGCAGGUGCUUCUGCAUCUGGGAGAGCUCCUGAGAGACCAAAACCCACUCCUUCUUCUACACAGGACCCGUGCAGAUGUGCCAGAGGUGCAGCAGCACCGUGCCGGAGCUGUGGGAGCUGCCCCAGCUUCCAUGAUGCUGAGAAAGAUGGAUCUAAGGAUCACGAACGUAAUGACAUAACUGGACGUGUGUGCGGCCAGGAUAAAAAGGAGCAGACUCCUGAAACUUGUGUUCCUGUCCCAAGGAGUGGAAGCAAGGAGGGCACUGGAGCGGAGGAGGAAUGCAGAGCUCAGUCUCUGCCUGGGGAUGCUGCACUCAGGUGCCCGGAGCAGCAGCAGCCUGCACCUCCUCCAGAGCAGGGAGUGCAUCUCCACACAGCGCCAGCUCAGCCCCAGCGAGGAGACGCAAAGCCUGCCAAAGGUUUGCCUGCCCGGGAAACGCCUGUGCGCGAUGAUGCUCCCCUGGGGAGAGAGACACACCCGCCCACACGGAGGCUGCAGUCCUCUCAGGACCAGCAAUACCGGGAGCUUGCUACGGAGAUCAUUGCCAAGGACAGCUCUCUGGUGCAUGUUCUCAUGCCUGAUCCUCUUAGAAAAACUGCUUUGGACCUGAUGGAGGGUUUGUUUCCUCUUAACAUUUCCCUGCUGGAUAAAUCACGCAGGAAAAGGGGAAAGGUACAGACUGUGCAGGAGAAUGACAGGAAAAGUCGUGGAGAUGGAGCAGAAGAAUGUCCGAAAUCUGAACAAGAAACCAAGCAAAGAAGCAAAGAUCCUGCCUAUAUAGCAAACCAAGUCCUGAAGAGGAACAGAGACAGCACAAACAAGCUAGAUGACAUCACAUCUAAGAAACUGGAGCUCAUGGCCAGCCUGCAGCGCAGGCUGCAGGCACUGCGGGAGGAGCAGGAGCUGGUUCUCUCGGAGGUCAGGGACUGUGCCAGGUGGGGCGAGGAGCUGGAGCGGAGGGUGCGGGAGCUCUGCACGCCCAGCGAGUUCCAGCGCUACACCACGUUCAUUGGGGACCUGGAGAAGGUGCUGAGCCUCCUGCUCUGCCUGUCCUGCCGCCUGGCCCGCGUGCAGAACGCCAUCAGCAGGAUGGACGGCAGCACGGAGCCCGAGGAGAAGCAGUCGCUGAGGGAGCGGCACAAGCUCUUGUCUCGGCAGCGGGAGGAUGCAAAGGACCUGAAGGAGAAUCUGGACAGGAGGGAACGUGUGGUCUCUGGAAUCCUUGCCAAAUACCUGACAGAGCAGCAGCUCCAGGACUAUCAGCACUUUGUUCAAGUCAAGACCUCCUUGCUGAUUGAACAGAAGGACCUCGAAGAGCAGAUUAAAUUUUUCAAAGAACAAUUAGAAAAUCUUGACCAAAGCAUCCCCAUCUAACACCCGCCACCAGGCCAGACAUUUUUUAUAUGUUAUAUGUGUUAUUUUUCUGGAAAUCCACAGGUAGUCUCAUCACAGUUUGGUGGAUUCUUCCAAUCCUGUUUGUGCCACAGCAUUGACAAGUGUUUAGAUGCUCUGGGAUGCUCUAGGCACACUCUGGGUGUGCCCUCCACCUGGACAAAAGCACCUCACAAGUGUGCAGCAAACUGCCUGUGGACAUGACUGAUAGGAUUCACUGCUCCUAUUAACUGAACGUGUAUUUCCCCUUCUUCUUGUCUGUCCAUCUGUUUCCAGAUUUGCAUCAUCUCAAUAAAAAGCCAUACAAAUAUUUGCCUCUUGUGGGUGGGUUGAGCGUUUGAAAUGAAAGAUUAUGUGGGUGUUCAGAUUUGAAUUGGUGACUGCACAAAGCCAUAGCAAACGUUAUGGAC